UUGAAAAUUAUAUUUUUUGAAAAAAGAAAAGAAAAAGAAAAAACGAAAGCUGCGAUGACUGCUACUGCGACGGUGCUCCGCCAUUUCACACCAAUCUCAUCCUCCCUCAAACCACCGUCUCGCCACCACCGCCGAUUCCUCCACCACGAUCUAUCACCCAAACCACCCUCAAACUCUCCCUCUUUCCUCCUCAAAUUCGGAGCCGAAAACUCCGAGCCCCAACCUCCACCGUCUCUGCCUGAAACCGAUUGUCCCGUCCCGCCGGAACAGCAGCCAAUCAACGAGUACCAAUCCCUCUCCUCAUCUUUCCCUUUCUCCUGGGCCUCGGGAGACCUAGUCGAGUACUCUUCGAGACUCUUUGUCACCGGCGCCUCUUUCGCGUUUUUCGUCGGGCUGCCCGUCUCCUGGUUCGGAUCCGUCGGACCCGAAUACGAACCCGUCAAGAGGAUACUCGCCGCAAGCUCUAGCGGGAUCUUCGUUGUCACGCUCGCUGUCGUUAGGAUGUAUCUCGGUUGGGCUUAUGUCGGAAACCGUCUCCUCAGCGCCACCGUCGAGUAUGAAGAAACUGGGUGGUAUGAUGGUCAGGUAUGGGUGAAAACACCUCAAGUCUUGGCACGUGACCGUCUUCUUGGUUCUUUCUCGGUGAAACCAGUCCUUACCAGAUUGAAAAACACGCUAGUUAUCCUCGGGUUAUCGCUCAUUCUUGUCGUGAACCUUGGUAACUCUCCCAUCGCGUCAUCUUACAAGACGUAUAAGGAUCCUAGGGAUAGAUCCUCGAUGCCGAUCCCAGGAGCCUACAAUGAUGAAACCGCCAGAACGUUCGAACCAGAAGCCUUCUGCGGGGAACCUUCUUCAGAUGAACCUUCUUCUUCAGAUAUUCUGUAAAAUCUCUUCAUCUCAAAAUACAAAAUACAAAUAGUUUCCUUCGCUUAGUAAAUAUAGAUCUCGUAACAGCAAUUUGUUAUAUAAGAUAAAUUUAAUCAAAACCCAAAUCUAUUUUUUAUAAAAAUACAAAUAAUUUUUAUAAAAAUUAUUUAUAACAGCAAUUUGUUAUAUAAGAUAAAUUUAAUCAAGAUCCAAAUCUCUUUUUUCUGUUCAGAAAAAAAGAAACCUACGAAUAUAUACCAUUAAGUUAGCCAAAAAUCUUCCGAAUAAAUAGUAAAUUUCACCAACCCAAAAAAUGAAUUAAAAAUAUAACAAAAGAUACUAUGUUUGAAAUUUAGCUCACUAGGUCGAGUAUAAAUCUAUUCAUUUCAGAUAUGAAUUCUUCGAGUUCUCAACAUUUGAAUCUAAUUAGGUAUUUGAUAUUUUUUUGUCCGGGUCGAUUUUUUUCGGUUCUGGAUCAUUCUAACUUUUUAUAUUAUAAAUCUUAAAUAAUAUACAACAUAUAUAUAAAAUAUAUGAAUCAAAAGAUAAACCUGCGCAGGCGCGCGGGUCAUGAUCUAGUUCCUUGUAUAUUGCGCAAUAACCAAUAGUGUUGCAUUCACAACAUGAACCGUUUUAAUUAUGCCUAGAUAAACUCAUGUCGUAUGCCAAAUUACUUUCGAUAAUUACAAAUUAUGAAUAGAUGACUAUAUUAGCAAA